AUUCUCAGUUCAGCUACGCUCUCGAACAGUAGUGAAAACAAUCGGUGAGCCUUAACAGACGUCGAUAUUAUCGGUGACAGGAGUAACGCCUCUGGCACCUGUACUAGACGCUUCAUUACGUCACUUCUAUCGACGUAUCUUUAUGAGUUGUUAAUUUCGAAUAAUGUCGACUCCGUCCUAUUGGAAUACGACCAAAAGCCUAUUGGACGAAGAGCAUCCUUAUUCCGAAAAGGGAAAAUUGGCUCUUGUACCAGCCUUUCUAAUAGGGGCGUCUUUACUUAUAGUCUUUUACAUAAUCGCCAACUGUAUCUAUAUACACUGCUACGCUAAACGAAAAAUGGCGGCAAUGGCUCGCAAGAACGGAGAAGAAACGAAGCCAUCUACUCCAAAAAGGGAGGUUCCAACGGUGGUCGUGGAGGACGCCUCUGAAAUCAAUGAGAUUACCAGAAACGAGUCGACGCCUAGAGCAAGUUUCUGCGUUGUGCCUGUUAGUACAUCAUCCGAGAAUGAAAGUAUUCAGUUAUAUAGCCCAGUUCUCAUGAAGUCUUCGGAGGGAGAUCAUGUUGUCUACCAUCCACUAAUGGUUCAGGGUGAACGAACUUCAGAAGAAGAGGGCGUCACAUACGCUCCUCUUGUUCUAAACACAACCGAAGCAUCGAAUUCUUAUCAGAAAGUUGUUUUGAAUGGAAAUGAGUUUAUGCCAUUAAGAGUGGCCGAAAACUUGUAACUAGAGGAUAAUUAACAUUUCUGCAUUCUGUCUUUCCUUUUUUGUUUUCUUUUUUGCAUAAACUGCAGUUAUAGAUACAUUUUUUCUCCUCAUUCCCAUUCUCCUUUCCUCCCUCUUUCCCUCCUUUCUUUUACAUCUUUUCUCCAACUUGCAAACUAAUAGGUUUGCAACUAUUUUUCUCUUUCUCUUUCUUUCUUCUUCGUUUCUUUUCUUUUCCUUUGCGGUGUGGCGUUUGUUGAAAUUUGUUUUUAUAAAAAUUCAAUUUCAUUCCUUUCGUGCCGCAAAUCAUUUUACAGUCAAUCCUUUUCACCCCACUCCAUCUACAUUUUUCAUCUACAAUUGUCUUACCUCUUUUUUAUUGUAACCAAUUGAAAAGGGAACCGGAAGAACUAGUUAGAAACGUAAACCUUGUCAUUUUUCUAUUCUUUUAUUUCUCUUUUAGUAUAAUUGCUUAAAAAUAGUCAAACACAAAAGAUUUUGCAUUGUUGCCGACGUUUUUUAAGCAAUUAAAAAGAAAGGACAGUAAAUGAAUGAAGAUAAAUGUUACUUUUCACUCAGUAAAGCUUCUUAUCUGUACUGCUUUUAUGCGUAACAGUUAUGAUUAAAAUAUAUUGACUAGAGAAUUCUCACCUCUUUCAUUUUCCCUGUUUCUUACUCUCUCUUUUUGGCUCUGUCUCUGUCUCUGUCUCUCUCUCUCUCUUUCUUUUUCUCUCUCUCUCUCUCUCUCUCUCUCUCUCUGAUACAAGCACAUACGUACACGUACACAUGCAUUCAAUUUUUAGAAAAUUAGCUAUUUGCUAUUGCCUUUUAAUAUAUAUUCAUGUACAUAUAAACAUAUACAUGUGUGAAUGUAUCUGCGUAUGUAUGUGUGUAUAUGUGUAGGUAUAUUUAGGUAAGUGAAUAAAUGGGCCUUUGAAUGUAUAUGUGUGUGUUUGUGUAUUAGGCAUUGCUCGUAUCUGAAUGUAAACUGCGUGCAAUAUAUUCUUUUAGUCUCUUUAUACUAAUAUCUAUCUAUCUAUCUAUCUAACUACCUACAUUUACUGUAAGUAUACAUACUGUAUUAAUAUUUACACGCUAUUUUCAAGUCAACAAUGCCAAUUGACAUUAAUCUGAAAAGAAAAGUAAAAAACAAAGACCAAGCUACAUUUCUGUUUUGUAAAUGUAAUAAAAGAAAUACUGUUUUGUUUAUUUAUUAAAUUAUUUGUUUGUUUGUUUGGUUUGUUUCGCUAUUAAUUUUGAUUUUAGUUUUUGUUCGAGAGCGUUUACCGAAUUAUUUGUUGAGCGACUUUUUAUGUAAUUGCGCAAUCUGGUUGCGUGUUUGUUUUUUCUAUGGUGCUUUUUUUUGCCCCACUGUUGUCAUUCAUAAACAUUAUUGAAGUUGUUUGAGCUACCUUUAACAUAAAAAGUAAGCGUUACCUUUACCUUUUAGACAUACUCUCAUGCUCCCAUUCACUUGUUUCAAUUUAACGGAAAAAUGUUUGACUUCCAGCUUCUAAACAUUUCAAUAUGAAUGGCAAUAAAAAAUUGGUUAUAAUAAGUUUAAAACUCUCUUAUCGAUUAUCCGCAAUUAGUGACUAUUAAGUCUGUUGGCGAAUUGUACCUGUAUUGGUAAGUGUGUGAGCGCACCUAUGUCUGUU